AGGAUUAAGCGGCUGCUUUGUUUUCCAUCUCUGCAGACGACCGUUAUAGAGUACGUGAAACCAUCCGACCUGAAGAAGGACAUGAACGAGACGUUCAAGGAGAAGUUUCCUCACAUUAAGCUGACACUGAGCAAGAUCAGAAGCCUGAAGAGGGAGAUGAGGGCCGUGAGUGAAGAUUGCGGCCUGCAGCCGGUCACCAUAGCAAUGGCCUUUGUUUACUUUGAGAAACUAGUGCUGCAAGGCCGCCUCAACAAGCAGAACAGGAAGCUUGUGGCAGCUGCAUGCGUGCUGCUGGCUGCAAAGAUCAGCAGUGAUCUACGGAAACCAGAAGUCAAGCAGCUCAUUGACGUGAGUAAACAGCCAGUAUUAAACACAGCAGAGGCUUUAAUAACAGCUCGGCCUGUCAGAAUGGAAAGACCUUGAAAGCUUCACCUCAGGGACAUCUACCAAAAAGCUUUCUAUGUGGAUGUGCUCCUUUUGAAGCAGGGAAUGAGUUCCCACCAGUUAACGCUUGUAUAGUUUAUCAAUAAAGAAUCAAAUUUAAGAUCCAAGUCUGAAGGAGAGAAUAUCUUUAGAGCUGCAUGUGGAUAUUUAAUGGAGACUUGUCUUUUUUAUUCAUACGGCCAAACAAUAAA